CAAACCCGCAAAACGUUGAAAUAUUACAAGAUCGGCACUCUCUCUUUUUUUUUUACCAGAAAUUUUCGUUACUAACCUUGCCUUCUUUACACAAACGACUUCAUCAGUGAUAUGAUAAAAUAUCGUGCACAGAUUCGUCCUCACUGGUAAUAUUAAUAUUAUUUAUGAGUCGUUCUUUGUUCUAUUUCUCCCUAUUGUCAUUCGACCUACCUUAGGUGACCACCUCGGCUACUUUUUAUAUAAGUCGUGGAGGUGUUUUCUUCAAUUGACCACGCAUCCCACGAAACCCCCCACAAUUCCACCUACUUCGAGACAUACCCCCUGAAGCAAACAACUCCAACCAGGUACCAGACAGAAUAAUUUCUCGACAACGCGACGCGUAAAGAGGAAAAAAAAGAAGUUCAUUCUCCAAGUCCUAAAAAACCCCUCCCCCACCAAUUGCCAUUCGACGUUCUGCAUUAAUACGGCAUACGAUACCUCGGCAAUCAAUUAAACCUACCAUAGCCGAAUUCGGCUUCUCCAACAUCAAUUCAACAUUAAAUAUCCCGAAUUAAAGAAAGAAACACAAAGAAAUAAGGGCGUCACCUCCACCUCAGUAGUCAUGUCGAUCGGUAUUGAGCGGUUAGCAAUCGACUCGGCGCCUGGCUAUGCGUCAGAGGAGGAGAAUCGUACCCCUUCUAUCGCACCAUCUCUUACCUACUCCGACGAUUCUGAAGACCAAGAUGAGCCCCAACCGCCCGAGGUCACUCCCCGAAGACGACGCGCUUCUACGAGACUAAUCGCUCAGAGCCCUGCCGAUGUGCAACGAAUUACCGGAGAGUCUACGCAACAAUUGCUGAACCGAUGCUGUGGUGGCGGCUGUUGCAUGAACUUACAGAAGAAGGAAGGUCUCGAAUAUGAGCGUGUUCCGCUUCCUGACAAUGAUGCCUUCCGUUCAUUGGGAUUGAAGAUUGGCGAGAUACCGACUACCUUGACUAAGAUUCAAGAUAUGCCUGAGCAGACCGCUUUUCUUCAAUCCAUUCGACGUACCUCUAACUCAGCUUCACCGACUGCUUCGCCCACUGACUCGGCCAUCUCUUUCGGAAGUCAGGCUAGCUCCCCUACCUUUGAGAGUAUGCCUAAGGAGCUCAGCCUCGAGGACCUAGACACCUCUAUUCAGCCGCCGUCUUUUGUACAGCCUCACCCACCCUACCAUGUCUUCCCCGCCAAGAUCCAUAACACUCGCGAGUUGACGAGACCUGGUGCCGAAAAGCGCACAUAUCAUUUCGACCUUGACAUUACCGAUUACCCCCAUGCCGAAGGAGUAGACUUCAAGGUCGGAGGUGCUAUUGGCAUCUCCGCUCCUAACGAGUCUGCCGCUGUUGAACAAGUUCUCGACUUGCUUUUGGUUCCGCGUUUCUUGCGUAGCAAGCCGGUUCUAUUGCGCACCACGCGUGGCCGCUGGCCGACUGUAUGGGGCGAGGACCAGGCCCGAGAACUAGUUACAACUCGACGAGACUUGCUAACAUGGUGCUCUGAUAUUCAAUCAUACCCACCCACCAAGCCCUUGCUACGCAUCCUCGCCGAGUACGCCCUAGAUCCUAACGAGAAGAAGAUUCUCAUGUUUCUCUCCGCUAGUGAAGGACAAGGCGUUUUCUGCGACUUACGUACUGGCCCCCAUAUUUCCCUUGCUCAACUUUUGAGUGCUUUCCCAUCUUCCAAGCCGCCUUUGGAUUUGCUUCUCUCUGUGCUCCAGCAAUUAAUGCCACGAUUCUACUCACUUUCUAACGACCCGCAUGAUUCUAACGAGGUUCGCGACGAAGAACAGCGCCGCCUUAUCGAGAUAGCCGUCACCGUUCAAGAGACGCCUGACUGGCGAGGUGGUUGCCGUACAGGUGUCGGUUCCGGAUUCUUUGAACGCCAAUCGCGGAAGUUAUUAGAGUACCAACGUGCAGGAGAACCAGCUCCCCAGUUGUACGUCCCAAUGUUCAAGGGGCUUAUGGCCAACCCGCUUGCAAAGGAAUUUGUGUCUGAUGGUCCGAUGCUCCUUAUUGGGGCUGGUGUCGGCAUCGCACCGUUCCGUGGGUUCGUCCAGCAUCGCCUCAAGAACGCAAACUGCGCCAAUAAGGUGUGGGUUCUCCAAGGUGUUCGAGAUUCACUUGUCGACGAGCUGUACGGCGGAGAAUGGGGUGUACAUGAGGAUCGAGUAAAGAAAGUUGUCCAGAGUCGACGUGGUGAGAGUCGCUACGUACAGGACGAGGUCUUCCACCAGGCAGACCUUGUUUGGUCGAUUAUUAACUCGGUUGAUGGACGCGUCUUUGUCUGCGGCAGUUCUAAGGGAAUGGGAGAAGGUGUCAAAGACGCGUUGAUCCGGGUUGCUAAGAAGAAGGGCAACCUAGAAUACGAAGAGGCGAGAAGAUUCUGGGGGUUGAAGAGGGACGUCGGUCAAUACAUCACUGAGACGUGGUGAUAAAUACCGUUUCCCCUCCCCCCAACAAGGCAGAUGGGCAAUCCUGAUACACAGGUAGACCGUUGCUACUAUGAACUCUUUCAUUUAGACAUAUGGGGGGUUUACAAAAUUGCGUUUGCUCAUAGCGUUUGGUAUUACUAAAAUUUCGCUUACAUAUAGAAGGUCGGGCGUUUGCGCAAGCUGGACGAAGCCGAGCUGGUCGGUUUCGAUUUAUGAGGACGGCGUUUCUUCCAUUCACGCUGAGAAUAGGGGUGGUUCGCGUGUGAAGGCGUUAAGAAGCCUCGGAAGACACGUGCCAUAGGUACCUAGGUAGGAACCUGCAAUGCAAUGCGAUGAUUUUUAAUACGAUGGUUCUUCUCUUUCUCUCUGCGAUGAAGCAGACUUGUACAUACGAAGUUGCCGCGCUGCAUUAAGUAUAUAGUUAUAUGAAAUGGGUUAUAAUGCCAACGAUGUUUUUUACGCGCGUCUCUAUCCG